UUUAUUUCCAAGUACAUAAAUUACAAAAAUUUUACAGUUUACAUUUUUAAAAAUUACAAAAGAUACAAAAGUUACAAAAGUUAAAAAACAUUAACAUUUCAUUUCAUUUUGUUGGAUAUAGUAGCGACAUUAUUUCCGCAUACGAAUAUUUUUGAAAUAAAGUCAGUGGCAAUUUAUAAUGGAAAUUUUUAAUUUUUAAAUUGUUGAAGAAAACAAUUGAGAAAAACAAAAAAGCGACAAAAAUAUUUUUCUAUUGAAUUAAAGAUUAUUAUUUCUUUCUUUUUUUACCUUGGUUAUACACCACUAGUCCAAAUGACUAUGUAGAACAUAAUUGGAAUUAAUGUACACUUACUGUCUGUCUCUAAUUAUAAUUCGUAACAUUUUUCUAGCUCUAGAACCUACUAAAUUUAUUACCGCAUAAUGUCAUAUAUUCAAAAACCUUUGUACUAAAGUUUCGGCCCCUUGUACAUCACUAUCUCUCAAACUUCUUUAUAUAAUAUCCUAAUAACUCUGACUAUCACGAUUUACGUAUACCAGAAAAAUAAAAAUCUCACCAUGUUGCGAAACAAAAGUAAUAAAUUUUUUUCCAUUAGUAUUUCAAAUCUUUUAUUUAUUUUUCUGAUCCAGCAAUCAUAAUAUUCAAGUCGUAUUUGUGUAUUGUUUUCUUUAUUCUUAAUUUAAAAAUUUUGCAAGUGGUUGAAGAAUCGGUUUAUCGGUUUUUUAAUAAUUUUUGAUCGUGCUAUAUAAUUACAAACAUUCGGGAGCACUCGCGCCGCGAUUGGUUAAGCUCGGUUUAGGAUGAGUUUACUGCGAGCAAAAAGUGCCACAUUGUCGCUUCCAUGCUCAUAGUGAGGUCGUGUCAAUGUUUGUUCCAUAUCAUCAUUACUUAUUUGUUUCGUUUGCAAUUGUUAGUCUUGUUAUUUAUUUGUUGUUUGGUUGUUAUAUUAUUGCUGAUUGCUGAGUAGUGUAUGACUAACAAUAAUAUAACUAACCGAAAAUUCCGACUUUCAGAUGGGUGGAUUUUAGGUUGAAUUUCAUAUGGAUUGAUUUAUUUAUUAGGUAUAUUAAAAAUAUAAAAAAAAAAAAUAUUAUGAAAAAAUACAACCGACUUCAAAAUGUUAACGUACCCACGAAACUAAAAAGGGAAAGAUAACAUUAUUAUAUUUUCUACUUAUUGAUCAUUUUGAAGUCGCUGCCAAGCCCGUCUGAUGUUGACUUAAGUCGUUACUGAAAAAAACACAUGACAGACAAAAAUAAUGUCUGAGAAACAAAAAUCUUUACGAUAGGGUACACCUUGAAUUAAUAGAUUGAAUACACUGGCUUGGCUGAAAAUAUAAUGAUAUUAUUUUUCCCUUUUUUAAUUUCGUGGGUACGUUAAUAUUUUGAAGUCGGUUGUAUAUAUUUUUUUAAAUUAUUAUUUGUUUUUUCUCAAUUAGGUCCUUCAACUAUUUUAAAAUCAAAAAUCUCCAUUUAAAAUUGCCACUGACUUUAUGAAAAAAUAUUCGUAUGCGGAAAUAAUGUCGCUGCUAUGUCCAACGUUUUCAUGUAUGUAGAUUUACUUCUUCUCCAUGGAGUAUAAUAUAUUCUUUGGUGCUGUGUUAAUAAAGAUACACAUUUAUUUUAUUUAUAAGCCACAAAGGACACAAAUAUUAAAAUUAAAAAAUAUGUACAUAAUUAUCGACAAGUUAUAAUUUCAUGUAUCUUUCCCGUCUCUUCAAUUCAUAGACAAUCUAGCAUUACGAAAUGUCAAAUUCGCAACAUUUUCGUUAAUCUGUAGAAAUAAAACUUGUUGUGAUUUCGUUUUUAGUGAAAUAAAUGUGAUAUAAUAGUUAAUUACAAGCAGUUUUUAUGUAAUUCGCGGUGUGCGCGUUAAAUGAAGUGAUGUGUAUAUAAAUGAUUUAGUUUAAACGGACGGUUUGUGAGAAAUAUGUGAAUGUCGUGACGACGGAUCUUUGUUUACCUUUUUUGCCAUGCAACUUACACAGAAACUACCAGCGCAGCAUGUCCAACCCAGCGCUAACGUCGGAGGCACAGCUCCGGUACAUGCUGCAAUGGUUCGGAGAGUUCAGCGAGUUGCAGCGCGAGGACUUCCUGCCCAUCCUGGCAGCAGCACACUCAGGGAAACCAGACCAGCUGGCUGCCAGCCUGGCCUCCAUGUCGUGCGAUGACAAGCCUGUGAGCCUGUUUCAGUGCAGGAUCAAACUAUUCAACGAAUGGUUCCCCACAUGGGCAGAAGAAGACAAAGAAAGACUGGUAUCUGCAGUGUCAGAGAUAGACUCAGACUUCGGCACCAAACUGCAAGACGUCAUCUCCAACGGUGCAGUUGUUAACGGAGACACAGAAGCACACCAAGACACAGAAGAAGUAGUGCACGAGGGAGAUGAGGUGGUAGAAGUGGCAGUGUCUCAGGAGAACAUUAGUGUAGAGAUUGCUGCAGCUUCCUAAAAGCACAAAUGUCAAAUGUUCAAUCUACGGCUGCUAGCAAUAAGGUCAAUAAAGUAGGGUAAGGAUGCUUAAGUUUGUACCCCUUGAUACUACAUCUUAGGGCCUAUGGAAGCAUAUAAAUAUUCUGGGAUACCCUUGGGCCAUAGACGGUUUAAAAGUUACUAAUUUAAAAGAUCUAAAACACUGACUAAAAUUUAGUAAUUUAAAAGACUACAAUUAUUUAGGUUACUGUCUGUGUUCUUUGGUGGUCUCAUUUGCUUAGAAUUAUGACGUAUAUAGCCAGUCUGCCUUCCCGAUAUAGCAUGAAAGAAUUUUUUAAUUUGUAUUAAUACUUUCUGAGAUUAGCGCGAUCAACCAAAUAAACUCUUGUAGCUUUUUAAUAUUCGUUAUUAUGCAGACCUACCGAAAUUCCAUGUUUUUAUUGUACCUUUACCACUUUUGCUUUGCAAAUUGGAAAACACCAAUCUUAAGAAAUUAAACUAUAGUACAAAUAUUAAUUCCAGUCAAUAAAAUGACAAGUGCACUAUCACUGAAAUGUCAUUUUACUCACUGGAAUUAAUAAUCAUACAUACGAUUAAUCUUACUCAAGAUUAUUAAUUCCAGUCAGUGAAAUGACAUUUCAGUGACUGUUACACUUGUCAUUUUACUGAACUAAUAAUCGUACUAUAAUAUUGCCUGGUACUGCUAUAUCAACUAUAGGUAAUCUUACCUUACUUUAUUGACAUUAUUAUUGCGUUUGGGGACCUAUAUACAUAUUGUAUGUACAACAAACCGCAGUCUUCGGCGCAGCACAGGGUGUGACGUCAGAGGGGAGCAUCUUGUUAACAAUUUAGUCCGCUUCCAUCUUAGAUUGCGUCAUCACUAACCAUCAGGUGGAAUUGUAGUCAAGGGCUAACUUGUAAAGAAUAAAAAAAAAACACCCGUACUGCGCGAACGCAGAGCUAUGUUGUUGACCUCUAUCACUAGUUGCAGUUUUCGAAAACGAAAUUCGAUGUCGAGUUCCUUCGUACAUUCCAUUAGUUAUAUCUGUGACUUAUGGAUUGAAGGGUGUUUUGGAAAACUGACGAAUUUAAAUUAACGUUUUUGAAAGCCCCAAAAUUUUAUUACGUAUAUUUUAUGCACUUAUCUUUUCUAAAACACCCUUUAUUGGUAGCUCACGGCCUAGAACUGCUUAAAUACCGACAUGGUGCAUCAUUUUCGAGAUAUAUGAACUCGUGUUAGGUAUAUAAACAUAUAAGACAAAAUGUUUUCAUUACAGUUUGUAUCCCACUUCUGAUAUAAUACUACGAUUCAGCGAAAUAAUUGAUUAUUAUGCGACUGUUGUUCACCUCGUGAUAAUAUUCGAGAGAAUUUCUUUGACGAUAACAUUCGCAAAUGUCGCGAAUAUUGAAUUUGCGUUAUGACAAUAACUACAGUUAAUGGCAGGCGUCCACAGAUCCGCAUUGGACGUACAAUGUUGAUCAGUGGACGCCUACCAUAAGGAGCGUAGUCCAGAGAGCCUAGUGGCAGUUUGAUACUGUGACGAUCGCGUUAUACUACUGUUUCAAUUCCAUAUAACUUCGCGUUUACGUUAACGCGAUAGUUAACAGUAUGAAAAUAUUGAAAACUCUCACUAGCACACAUAUUGGUUUAAUGGAGAAAGUAAGGGUUAAACUGUAAUGUAUAUGUUUUGUACGCUCCUGGCACUAAUUAGGGCUGGUACAUAAUUAGACUGACUGACAUUGAGUUACUACAUACUAGAGAAGUGUUUAAAUCAAAAAUCACGUCGCAACUCGCAGGAGUGGCUGAUUUUAAUCUAUACUAAUAUCAUAAAGCUGAUGAGUUUGUUUGUUUGUUUGAUUGAUGAACGCGUUAUUCUCAGGAACUACUGGUCCGAUUUGAAAAAUUCUUUCAGUGUUAGAUAGCCCAUUUAUCGAGGAAGGCUAUAUACUAUCCCCGUAUUCCUACGGGAACGGGAACCACGCGAGUGAAAUCGCGCGGCAUCUUCUAGUUUUUAAAUAAAUUUGAUUGUAGUUUUGGCUGAAUAUUGUUACUUAGGACGAAAACGUCGUAAUCGCCAUAAAUGCGUGGUGCUAACGCGUUUCUUUCAACAUGAAAACUAUGCAAGCUAGCAAGAACUACUGUGAAUUGCGGCGAUAUCGCCUCAGUUGAACGGGACGGAGUUAUGAUGAGUGGUGUCUUCUCUAGCACGUAGUAUAUAGUAACUCAAUGUGUUCUGGCCCUUAUAUUGUAUUAGUAUUACUACUAUUUAUUUUAUUUUUAUAGUUAAAAUAUUUUUCAUAUGUCUCUUGAGGCUUAUUUGCCCAUCUUUUUUUAGAUAACGUUUUUAACUAUUAGUUUAUUUUAAUAUAGAUGUCUUUAUAUUGGUACAUAAUGUACCUGAUUUAGAUCUUAUUAAUUUAGUUUAAGGUUAAAAUAAUAUAUUCUCUAUCAUAGAUUUUUUACUGCUAGAUAUGUUACGCGCCAAUAAAAUCACCGCAAAAAGUGAACUGAAUUUUUCUACUCCACUGAGCACACACAUGCAAAAUGUGUAUUAUAGUUUUUACUUCUUGAACACACAACUCGACAUUGUAGACAAUAAUAUUUGUUUAAAUAAUUUUCGUUUUUUACAAUGCGACUAAAUAAAAUUAAGACAAUUAGCCACUUUUGGCCGCCUCAGUUUCGACGCAAUAGUGACAUAUCUAAUAGUGUAAAAUCUUUGGUCUCCAUCGGGUUAUAAUUGUAACUAAACUUAUAACUCAUAAGGGCGCAGCAUAUAUGGCGAUGUAGCGAAGCGCGUUUGUGACUAUUCAACUAUAAUUGAUAUUGCUGGUGUUGAGUUAUUUGAUGAAUAUUAGCUAUAUUUUCUCAAUAUGACCAAUAUUACUCUUACUAUUCGUAUAGGUUGUAAGGAGUGGUACGACAGAAGUCCACCUGGCGGGGAUCGAACCCACGACCACUCGGUGAGAGCUAAUUAGGUUACAAAUAUUUAAUUAAUUAAUUUAACAUGGGAAGUGACUUUUUCUCGACUGUAUUUUAAAAAGCGACUUAUUGAUUUAUUUUAUUAUCUGCGAUAAACCGUCGAAAUCAAGCGACGACGUCACCAUGAUUCGUGAAGAAGUGACGAUCAUAAUGAACUUUCGCAAAGUAAGGCCUGCUUCUAUUCCAUAUACGACUGCAUUUUACCAUCAGCAAUAUCAAUAGUUUGAUAGUGAACGCUGCGCUUCGCCAGAUGUACUCCGGCCCUUAUUCAUAAAUCAACAUUCGUUUUUGUAUUUUUUUCAUACGUUAUACGUGUCACAAGUAUUGGACAAGUAUCGAUAAUAUAGUACAGUCGAUGUGUACUGUUUCCAAACAAACAAAUUAAAAAUGAGGCUAUAAAUCGCUAGUCAAUUUCACUCCUAAUAAUAGUUAUAAUUAAAAUAAAUUAAUGAAUUGAACAAAAUAGAAAAAAAGUCAAUGAAAUGUUCGUAAUGUAAUGAUAAUAAAUUCGAUUAAUAAUCUUAGAACACUUAUUACUCUUAGUUAAUAUAUUUUUAGCAGUCUCAGAAGUGGAUUACAGAAAUAAGAAAACCAAUGUCGAACAAAGGUAUUCACAAUGUUUGUCAGGAUAACUUAAUUAACAAAUCAAACUGUAACCAAAAUAAGACCCUAGAAUGGCAAAGAAUGACCUUGAGUGAAGAUUCCCACUUGUGAAUGUUGUGUGUAGGGUUAAAAACGUGUAGGGUUAAAAAAAAGGCGACUAUUUCCAACAAAAUUUUGAAUAACAUUGUAAUAACAAACACUGAAAAUAAAUAGUUAUGAAGUGACUUGCGUUUUCUACCAUAAUUUCUAAUCUGUUUGUUGGUAAACAGUACACACCAAGCUGAACUGUAAGUAGGUAUAGAAGAUGUAUUCCAACAUUCCAAAUUAACAUCAUUCCAUAUUUAUACAUAUUAUUUUCUUUGGGAAUUUGAAUCUCUAUUUAUUUACGUACAAAUUGUAUGUAAGCAUAAGAGUUUGUAUUGCUUGUUAAUCCAUACCAAGAUAAAUGUGAAAGUAUGUCUGUCUGUCUAAUACCUUUUAAUGGCUAAACCGCUUAACUGUUUUAGGUGAGUUUUGGUACAGUGAUAGGGACCUUGGAUCACAAUUUAGGCUACCGGCAAAGACGUACCGCCAAGCGAUUUAGCGUUCCGGUACGAUGUCGUGUAGAAACCGAAAGGGGUGUGGAUUUUCAUCCUCCUCCUCACAAGUUAGCCCUCUUCCAUCUUAGAUUGCAUCAUCACUUACCAUCAGGUGAGAUUGUGGUCAAAAACUUACUUACUAAUUACGUAACUUGUAAAGAACUAAAAAAAAAAAUUACCCCGGACAAAUCUGAAAACUGAAAAAAGCUAAAAGUCUGCUAGUUAUACCUACAUAUUUCUUACAUUGGUAAUACAUAUUUCUUACAUUGGUAAUAGGUAUAAGUGACAUGUUUAUAAUGUAAAAUUUCUAAAAAUUUAUAUUUUAGCGUAAUAUAUGAUAAAGUAUGAAUGUAUGGUAUUGUCAAAAGGCACAAUGCGAUAUAUGGAUCUAGCUCAUAAUAAAAUACCUGUAACACGAAAAUACUUAUUUAGGCCUACUAGAAGCCCAAAAUAACAGUAAUAAUAAGAGACUAUAACUUCAUAGCCGAAGAGUGGUGCACUAUAAAUGGUGUAUGCUUAAGCAUACAGUCUGCCUGUUAUGACUUUCUUAAUAAUUUUGUAAAAUCAUUAAUAUGUUCCUGGUUAUCUAUUAGCGACACUGGAAAGUACAGUGUUUUUGGAUUCCUAUUAUAAACCCUAUAUGACUAAACGAGUAAUUUCCAAAUUAAUCGACAGUUUGUAAACCCUAUUUGACUAAACAUUUCUAAUACUGUACAUUGGUUGACAAGAAAACAUUUUUAUAACCAAGACGACGACAUAAUGGGUACAUUAUUCUCUAUUUAUUCAAGAAUGUCUCAUUAAAUACAUUUUCAGAAAAUGUAAAAUGAAAUUCCAAUCGUGGAAAUAAAUAAAGUACAAACAUAAUUUUGUGCCAAUAUAUUAUAUUAUACCUAAAGUAUUUGUUAGUUUUUCUGCAAAAGGAAAUACAUAUCCAGAAUUACUGAGACUGUAGUUUAGAUCUAAUUAUUAUUUAUUUUACAGUUUUCUAAUAGUGAAAUGUAGAGAACAUAAUUCCGUGUAUCAGAUGGUACAUAAUAUUUGACGUCGUCUCUUAUACUAUAAAGUAUAGAUUUUUAACUUGAACUUUGUUAUGGAGUGAUAGAAAGGUGCUUGAGUGUGAGCGGCGAGCAAAAGAAGGAAUUUUAAAUAUUUGUGAAAUCAUAGACUUUACAUAUUAAUAUAAUAUAUUACUUCGAAGA